GACCGUGUCAUCCUGCACUUCGAUGCCGACUGCUUCUACGCGCAAGUGGAGGAGCUACGGGACCCGAAGCUGAGGGAGGUUCCGCUGGGGAUAACGCAGAAGUUUCUGGUGGUGACGUGCAACUACCCGGCACGGAGAGCAGGAGUCACCAAGCUCAUGGCGAUCGAGGAUGCGAAGAAGAAAUGUCCUGGGCUCGUGCUGGUGAGUGGCGAGGACCUGACGCCCUACAGGCUGACCAGCAGGAGGAUCUUCUCCGUGCUGCAGAGGUUCGGAAGCGCUGCUGAACGGCUAGGGAUGGACGAGGUCUGGGUAGACGUCACUGCAGCAUGCAAGAAGAUGAUGGAGGAGAACGCGGAGAGACGAUGGCAGGGGCACGAAGGAGGCUACUUGCGACGAGGGGGCCGCGUCUGCCUCCGACAUUCUUCUGCAGCUGGGCAGCGAGAUUGCACGGAAGGCGAGGGGGCGGUGAAGGAGGAGACUGGCAUCCGGACAUCAGCAGGCAUCGCACACAACAAGCUGCUUGCGAAACUUGCGUCGGGUCUGCACAAGCCGGACGAUCAGACGAGCUUG